CAACCAUCGCCAUCAACAUCACCAUCACUAACCAUCACCAUACUAAGUCAUCACAAUCAGAAAGUCGAAGGAAAGAGUUUCAAUCAAGAAGAUUAACUGAAGGAGCUCAUUCACAAGUUGAACGUUAAAGGAUGUUGAGCACAAGUUUAAGAUUAAGAGAACAACUUCAUUUCAAGAAAUCAAAAAUCAAUCGAUUACCAUCAACUUAUCUGAAUAAACAUUCUCAACAACUACGACCAAUCCAACUCAACUCAGGAGCUUCUUCAUCUUCCUCGUCAUCACCAUCACCUCAUCGACAAUUUUCAAUCUCAUCUAAUCAUCAAUUCACUCAAUCUGAUUCAAUCCUUUAUCCAAGACUUAAUCCAAAAUGGAUUAAUCAUCGAUCAAAGCAUACAUCAGAUGAUAAAUCUCAACCUAAACCAUCAGAUCAAAAUGAAGAAAACGAUGAUGAUCCAACUAGAAUUCCGAAACCUCAAUCUCCUGCCCACGAAUCUGAUAUCAACAAAUCCAAUUCAAACCGAUCAAAUCAAGCCUCAACUUCUUCAACUUCAUCAGCAACCAAUGGAUCACUCCCACCCAAUGGUGCUUCAUCAUCUGAUGAUCCUCCUUCAAAUCGUUCAUCUCAGAAACCGACUCUAACCACCUCACUCUCCAAACAAGCCGUUCCAGAACUCUAUCCUCAAUUAUUAGCACUUCCAAUCACUCGUAGACCACUCUUUCCAGGAUUCUAUAAAGCUGUGAUUGUCAAAAAUCCAGCAGUGAUCAAAGUGAUUCAAGAGAUGAUGAGACGUGGUCAACCUUAUUUAGGUGCAUUCUUAUUACGUGAUAAUGAUCUAGAAACAGAUAUUAUAAGCGAUCCAAAAAGUGUACAUGAAGUUGGAGUCUUUGCUCAAAUCACUAGUAUCUUUCCUACUCAUCCAAAUCCAAAUCAUCAAAAUCAAAACAGACGUGAUCCAACUUUAAAAAAAGAUGAAGAUGAAUUUGCAGAAGGUCUUACAGCUGUUCUUUAUCCUCAUCGAAGGAUUCGAAUUAACGAAGUUUUAGCACCUAUCAUUGAUCCAAAUGAUGUUGCUAAAUUUAAAGAGGCUUCGAAAUUGAUCGAAGAAGAGGAAGGAGAAGAAGGUUCAACGAAGUCAGAUGAUCCUAACCUCCAAUCGACUCAAGUCUUGCAAACCGCAUUCUUAAAAGAACAUCCAGUCUCACUUGUGAAUGUAGAAAACCUGACUCUUCAACCAUCUGAUCCUCAUUCUCAAUUAGUCAGAGCUAUUGGAGCAGAGAUCAUAAGUGUUUUAAAAGAGAUUGCAACACUAAAUCCAUUAUUUAGAGAUCAAGUUGCUAAUUUUAGUGUUUCUCAAGGUGCUGGAAAUGUAUUCGAAGAUGCCGACAAAUUAGCUGACUUUGCAGCUGCAGUUAGUACAACAGGACCUUCAAUAGAUUCAGAAGCAGGUACGAAUCAAUUACAAGAAGUUUUAGAAUCAGUAAUCUUAGAAGAUAGAUUACAAAAAGCACUAUUGGUUUUAAAACAAGAAUUAAAAAAUGCAGAAUUACAAACGAAGAUUGCAAGAGAAGUUGAAUCUAGAAUUACUAAAAGGCAAAGAGAAUUUUAUUUAUUAGAACAACUCAAAGGAAUCAAAAAAGAAUUAGGUAUCGAAGGUGAUGGCAAAGAGAAAUUGCUGGAAAAGUUUAGGGAGAAAGCUUUGGGAUUGAAAAUGCCUGAGUAUGCUAGAACGGUAUUUGAAGAGGAAAUUAAUAAGUUACAGACCUUAGAGCCACAAGCUAGUGAAUUCAACGUGACGCGAAAUUACCUAGAUUGGCUUACACAAAUCCCAUGGGGAAGACAUUCUGAAGAAAACUUUGGUUUGAAAAAUGCGAUUCAAGUCUUAGAUGAAGAUCAUUAUGGACUCAAAGAUGUCAAAGAUCGAAUUCUAGAAUUCCUCGCAGUAGGAAAACUAAGAGGAACAGUUGAAGGCAAGAUUUUAUGUUUAGUAGGACCACCAGGAGUAGGUAAGACAUCAAUAGGAAAAUCGAUAGCAAGGGCAUUAGAUCGGCAAUUUUUCCGAUUCUCAGUUGGAGGCUUAACAGAUGUAGCCGAAAUCAAAGGACAUCGUAGAACAUAUGUAGGAGCGAUGCCAGGGAAAUUAAUUCAAGCAUUAAAGAAGGUUCAAACGGAGAAUCCAUUAGUAUUGAUAGAUGAAAUAGAUAAAGUAGGAAAAGGUCAUAAUGGAGAUCCAGCUUCUGCUUUAUUAGAAAUGUUAGAUCCAGAGCAAAAUUCAUCUUUCUUAGAUCAUUAUAUUGAUAUUCCAGUAGACCUUUCUAGAGUAUUAUUUGUUUGUACUGCUAAUAAUUUAGAUACGAUUCCAGCACCACUACUAGAUCGAAUGGAAGUCAUGGAAGUAAGUGGAUAUGUUACAGAUGAAAAAAUUAACAUCGCUACUAGAUAUCUUGCACCUCAAGCUAAAAAAUCAUGUGGAUUGGAAAACUCAGAUGUUAUGAUUGAAGAAGAAGCGAUUGCAUCAUUAAUUAAAUCAUAUUGUCGUGAGAGUGGAGUAAGGAAAUUAAAACAAAAUAUUGAUAAAGUUUUUAGGAAAGCUGCUUUGAAGAUUGUACAAGAUUUAGGAGAAGUCGAAGAGAAGGUUAAGAGCGAAGAAAAGGUUCAAGGUGACGAAGGAAGGGUGAAGGAUGAAGCUGCUGAGAAUACAACGAAUCCUCAAACGGAUCAUUCAAGAAAGACGACCACAACAAUUCGAGAACCAUUGAAGCUUCCCAAGGAUUUAACCGUACGAAUUACAUCCAACACUUUGAAAGAUUAUCUAGGACCACCAAUUUAUCAAAAAGAACGAUUUUAUCAUGGUUUUGCACCAUUAGGAGUUUCACAAGGAUUGGGUUAUACAGGAAAUGGAUCAGGAUCAGUUUUAUCAAUUGAAAAUCGAUUGAUUCCAACAAGUUCAUCAAAUGGAACCUUAACAUUAACUGGAAAAUUAGGAGAAGUUAUCAAGGAAUCUGCAAUGAUUGCUUUGAGUUUUGUUAAAUCUAAUGCAUUUUCAUUAGGUUUAGUUGACGAUGCUAAAAAAGAUUUGUUGGAGAAUAGAUCGAUUCAUCUACAUUUACCUGAAGGUGGGAUCGGUAAAGAUGGACCUUCGGCUGGGAUUGCUAUCUUUGUUGGGUUUAUUGGAUUGUUUUCUGGUCUUAGACUUCGUUCUGAUCUCGCUAUGACAGGUGAAAUGACUUUGGCUGGACAGGUUUUACCUGUGGGUGGAUUAAAGGAAAAGAUUUUAGCGGCACAUAGGUCUGGAAUUAAAAAGAUUUUAGCACCGAUUGGAAAUCAAGCAGAUAUUGAAUUUAACGUACCUGAUUCGGUUAAAGAAGGUAUUGAAAUUGUUUAUGUUGAAGAUUUAAGAGAUGUUUUAAGAGAAGCAUUUAUGGGAGAGGAAAAGAUUAUAAGUAAAUUAGAUAAAUUAGAACAUCUGGGAGAUAGAGGAAGUCAAACAACAACAAUAACUACUACUACUGAUACUACUAUUAAUGCUACUACUCAUCAGUGAAUGGAACCUGUGCAAAUGACUGAUCAUCAUGUUUUUUUUCAGCUCGUCUCUAUCAAUUUUGAAAUCCCCUAACUAUUUUUUUCUGGUUUAAGUUUUGUUAUGUAUGUAUGGAGGAGUUAUAAUUUCUAUGUGGCUUUUGUUCGUUUUUGAGCAAGAAAAAGCAUAGAGGUUUUAAAAGAAGGAAUAAAGAAAUAGUAUAAUGCAUACAUAAUAGAUUUGAUUUGUGUU